UUCUGAUACCUAUAGAAGCGGCAAUGUUAGUAAUGUUUUUACAAUCAGCUGAUGAGAGAUUCGCGUUUCCAAGUUUAGCAGUAACGAAGUUAAAUUGACGGCAUUUUGAUAUUAAACUAUCAUUAUAAUUCACUCGCUGUAUAUAAAAACGAAAUUGAAUUCAAAUAAUAUACUCAUUCACACGUUAAAUGAUUUUUAAAAUUGGCUGCAGCUCUUGUACUGUAGAUCCGUUCCACGGGGUUUAUUCACAGUUUAUACUUAUACAGUUACUAUAAUAUAUUUAAACAAAAAUGUGCGAACUCGAGCAGAGCAAAAUUUUAAAUGCAUUUCAGACUCUUUCCCAGGAAUCUAAAGAACUUUAUAUACCAACCGAAAUUAUCGAAAUCGAGGAGGCAAUAUCACCAUUAGAUUUUUAUAGAAAUUACGUAUCAAAAAACAUACCCGUAGUCAUCAGGGGCGGAAUAAAACAUUGGAAAGCUUUAGACAAAUGGUCCAUACCGUAUUUCAAGGAAAAACUAGCAAAUAAAUUAGUAACUGUGGCAGUAACACCAAAUGGUUAUGCCGACGCUAUUGCUAAAGAAAAAACACUGCAUGGUACAAAUGAUAAAGAAGUUUUUGUUAUGCCAGAGGAAAGGCAAAUGACCAUGAACGAUUUUCUAGAAAAAUUAGAAAAUCCACGCAAUGACAGCAUAUUUUAUAUACAAAAACAAAAUUCGAAUUUCGAAGAUUUCUUUGAACUUUGGAAAGACGUUGACAGCAAUAUAAAAUGGGCUACGGAAGCUUUUAAUACAAAACCAGACGCUAUCAAUUUUUGGAUGGGAGAUGAAAGAGCUAUCACAUCAAUGCACAAAGACCCAUAUGAAAAUAUAUACUGCGUGAUUUCUGGAGAAAAAGAAUUCAUUUUACAUCCACCGACCGAUCUACCAUGGAUUCCUUACAAAAAUUAUCCUUGCGCCAUUUAUAAAGAAGUUGAACCAGGAAAAUGGAUUACUAAGCCAAUUAAUUCCUCAGUCAUUUUUACACAAACGAAUGAAUCGGGAAAAUCGCAAAGUGAUGCUAGAACAGAAAAUGAUACAGAUACACUGUCUUGGAUUGCUGUUGAUCCAUUAAGUCCUGAUUAUAAAAAGUACCCAAGGUAUAAAAAAGCCAAUAGAAUAAGUGUUAAAGUGAGUAAAGGUGACAUUCUUUAUUUACCUUCACUGUGGUUUCAUCAUGUAAAACAAUCGCAUGCUUGCAUUGCUGUAAAUUAUUGGUAUGACAUGGAGUACGACAUAAAAUAUGCUUAUUAUAAGACUCUGGAAACAUUAUGUAAAUAAUACAAAUAAGACAGUCUUCGCCUUAAAAAUGAAUAUUUUUGUACAUACUUUUGCACUCAUACAAUUGGAAAACAUGUAUAUUUUCAAAAGUUAUGUAAUAACUUAAAUAAAAAAAAAUAAACUAA